UCCCCGAAAGACGUCACCCACCUCAUCUGCACCCACGGCCACUCCGACCACGUGGGCAACCUCAACCUCUUCCCGCUGGCCACUUUGGUGGUGGGCUACGACCUGAGCCGAGGGACCGGCUGCUACGUCCCCAACGGGUUGGCCAAAGGUUGGCCUUACGUCCUCCACCCCGGUCACCUGGAGGUGGUGGCCACCCCGGGUCAUACCUUGAGUCACGUCAGCCUGGUGGUACGGGCCACCUCCCUGGGGACGGCGGUGGUGGCCGGGGACUUGUUUGAGAAGGAGGAGGACGAGGAGGAGUGGAGGAGGUGGAGCGAAGACCCGGUGAGGCAGGAGAGAAGUCGGCGACGGGUGAUGGCCAUGGCCGAUGUCAUCGUACCGGGUCACGGGCCACCCUUCCGCGUCAUCAGGGAGUGGGGGGACGGAGGAGCCCCUCGGGAGGAGGAGGAGGAGGAGGAAGACGGCGAUGGCGUGGCUGGAGGUGGCCUCGAGGGACAUGGGGACACCGUCAAGGGAGGUGGGACCCCGGGAGGUGUCGCCAAGUCAUGA